AUGAACAAAAGUGCGGUCACUGUAGAUACGAUUGCUUAUAACACUUUGAUGGAGGGGCAUGCAAGUAUCGGGCAGACAGAUUCUGCAGUCUCAAUCUUGAAGCACAUGGAAAAUGUUGCUUCUGUGCCAAAUCAGUUUACUUAUACCAUCUUGCUUAGACAUCUCUUACAAAGGAGACUAGCAGAGGGUGUGGUUUUGAAUGCAGCUAGUGUAUGGAAGACCACAGAGCUUACUGACAUCUUUGAAUUGUUUGAGAUAAUGAAGAAGAAUAAUAUUGUUCCUAGCACGAAUACUUAUUCUGCAAUCCUGGAGAGGUUCUCUGAAGAUGGAAGAUCGAAAGAGGUGACAUCAUUGGUUUCUCGUAUGAAAGAUGAUAAUAUAUCUUUGAAUGAGGACAUCUACACUGCUGUCAUAAUUUGCUUAUGCAAAUCAAAACUGUAUUCAUAUGCAUGGGUGUUGCUUCGCUCCAUGGUUGGCCAUGGUUUUGCACCACAACUGAUGUGCUAUCAGCACCUGCUUUGUGGGCUUAUUAGUGAAGGACAAGCUAAUAUGGCUAAAGUAAUAUUCGGAAACUCUAGGUGGGAGGACUACAAUCCUGAUGAAAUUGUGUGGAAAGUAAUCAUUGAUGGCCUGAUCAGAAAGGGCCAUCCAGCUUCAUGCCAUGACAUGAUAUCCAGAUUAGAGCAGAUGAACUGCAGACCAAGUAAUCGAACAUAUGCAAUGUUGGCAGAGGAAUUGUCUACCCGGGAAUAA